AUGUUUGUGUUUUGGAUUUUCGGCGGAAUCGUAUUCGGUGGAGGAGGAAUCGUAUUCGGUGGAGGUGGAGUCGGAGCUGGCGGAAGUGGAAUCGGAGCUGGUGGAGGUGAAAUCGGAGCUGGUAGAAGUGGAAUCGGAGCUGCUGGCGAUAGAAUCGGAGCUGGUGGAGGUGGAAUCGGUGCUGGUGGAGGUGAAAUCGGAACUAGUGGAGGUGAAAUCGGGGCUGGUGGAGGUGGAAUCGGAGCUGGUGGAGGUGGAAUCAGAGCUGGUGAUGGUGGAAUCGGAGCUGCUGGCGAUAGAAUCGGAGCUGGUGGAGGUGGAAUCGGUGCUGGUGGAGGUGAAAUCGGAGCUGCUGGCGAUAGAAUCGGAGCUGGUGGAGGUGGAAUCGGUGCUGGUGGAGGUGAAAUCGGAACUAGUGGAGGUGAAAUCGGAGCUGGUGGAGGUGGAAUCGGAGCUGGUAGAAGUGGAAUCGGAGCUGCUGGCGAUAGAAUCGGAGCUGGUGGAGGUGGAAUCGGAGCUGCUGGAUAUGGACUAGAUGCUGUUGAAGGCGGAAUCGUAUUCGGUGGAGGUGGAGUCGGAGCUGGUGGAGGUGGAAUCGGAGCUGGCGGAGGUGGAAUCAGAGCUGGUGAUGGUGGAAUCGGAGCUGCUGGCGAUAGAAUCGGAGCUGGUGGAGGUGGAAUCGGUGCUGGUGGAGGUGAAAUCGGAACUAGUGGAGGUGAAAUCGGGGCUGGUGGAGGUGGAAUCGGAGCUGGAGGAG